AUGCAGGAGCGACACAGUUUGCGUAUGCAGCGACAUCUGGCGGCGGCUGUGAAUAUCCACGGGCUCUGGCGGCGGUACCAGUCCCGCGAGAGUGCCGGGCUGGGAACGAGGGCUCGCGGUGCUCCACCCACUGGCGGGGUUCACCCGGCGCCUGGGCUACGCCUCGCGGGGAGUUCGCCCUCCGACCCCGGCCUCGGUCCUCGGGUCCCGACGACCUCUGGGCGCGGCAGUCCCAGUGCCCCCGUGCUCCUGCUCGGCCAGAACCCAGAGCCCGGAAGCCGCGCGCCGCCGCCUGCCAUGAGCGGCCCGCCGGGCCUGGACGCCUGGCGCGCCCGCGUCCGCAAGGACCCGCGCCACUUCCUGCACCUGUGCGCCGACCUCGACUGCACGCCCGACAUCUGGGCCCUGCACGACUGGAGCUCGUGGCUCACGCCCUUCACGCGCGAGGGCCUCCGCCGCUUCGACACUGCCUUCUACCUGUGCUGCCUGCACCAGGCGCCCCCUGUCUACCCAGACGCAGCCGAGGUGGUGGGGUGCCAGUGGUUAUCGCCAUCAGAGGCUAUCAAAAGUUUUAUAUCAAAAGAAAUUUGGUUGGCCCCCCCACAAUUCUAUGAAAUGAGAAGACUUGAAAAUUUUGUCUCUCUCUCUGACUUGCACAAAUUUUGUUUGGAUCGUUCAUUGGAAGGGGUGCAAAGAUUGUUGCCAAUCACGUUAUUAACAGCUGAUGGGAUGGUCCAGCUUUUACCAGGAGAUGAGCUGUACUUAGAAGAUUCAAAGUUUUUAGAAGAACUUAUAUCCACUGAAAAAAAGAAUGAAGAAAUCAUGAAGGAAGGCAAAAAAUUUCACCGAGUCGUGAUAUACAAUCGUCAUCUUUAUGGCAUCUAUGUGACACUUCAGUCAAAGUAUAAACAUGUUUAUCCCGAGAACUACAUAGUAAAUAAGAGCCAGUUGUAGGCAACUGCUUUGUCAGGUGGCCUACUUGAAGUCUUCCUAGUGAAUAAUGAAGUAGACUGGACUUUUGUGAAACUUAAGGUACUUUGUGACUAUAAAAGUUGCAGCACAAACUUUCAUCUUUCAAGUACACUUUCAUAUUUUAAGAGUUCUCUUGCUUAUUUUAUCCUUUAAAACUUAGAGUAUGCCACGAGUAUAAGGCAUUAAUGAUCUUGUUUUUACCUCCCCCCAAAAAAUUCACAGGUAUUCUCACUACUAUAUUGUCUACUUAUCUCAAAAGUUGAAAUAAAAUGUCCUGUUACUAUCUUCUAACCGCCCGGUGUAUUAGCACUUUCCUUGAUGUGCUUAGGAGACUGAGCCAGGAAUCCCUUAGAUUUUCUGCUGGUGUUAAGGUUCCUUGAUGAGCAGACUGAGACAACCUUCAAAUGACAGUGUCAUUAUUUGCUUUUAUGUCUUGAGCUUGAUGAUUAGGAUACACUGUUUAAAAGCAAAUGGUAUUAAUUACUGGGAUUACCAAACUGGAAGUCUGUUUUCGUUCAUAUUUAAGGACAUUAUAUAGCCUGCACAAAAGCUGUAAUUAUUUUUACUCUGGAGUGUUAGUUAAUGAAUACAAAUUUGUUAAAGGGAUAUAAAGCCUUUCAUCAUUUACUAGAGUUUUA